CCCCUCCCAAACCAAGUGCCUCCUUCCGCCGCUGCUACACACGACACUAGCAGAUCGUCCUCCUCCUCGUCCCCCACCCCACCCACCUGCCUCCAGAACCUUCCGCCGCAAUGCCGGAGGAGAAGGAGUACGUCGCCGUGCCCAUGGGCCAGGCGUCCGACCCCGCCGACCCCGAGGACCCCGUCAAGUCGCCGCCGCGCCCCACCUCGCCGGCAACAUCCACCCGCCAGGCAUGCUUUGCUGUUCUCCAAAGCUGGGUGUCAAGGAAAUUUAUGACUGGAUGUGUGGUUAUCUUUCCUAUUGCUGUGACCUUCUUCAUCACAUGGUGGUUUAUUCGAUUUUUCGAUGGCUUCUUCAGUCCACUCUAUGCGAAACUUGGAGUCGACAUAUUUGGCCUUGGGUUUGUGACGUCCUUGGUAUUCAUAUUUAUUGUUGGGAUAUUUGUGUCUUCCUGGGUGGGCUCAACUGUCUUCUGGGUUGGAGAAUGGUUUAUAAAGAAAAUGCCAUUUGUAAGGCACAUAUAUUCUGCAUCCAAGCAAGUUAGCACUGCUGUCUCACCAGAUCAAAAUACAGAAGCAUUUAAAGAAGUGGCAAUAAUUAGCCAUCCCCGUGUUGGUGAAUAUGCAUUUGGGUUCAUAACAUCGACCAUGAUUCUUCAGACUGACAAAGGUGACGAAGAACUGUGUAGUGUAUACGUACCAACCAACCAUCUAUAUAUUGGUGAUAUUUUUUUGGUGAACUCUGCGGAAAUUAUAAGGCCCAAUCUAUCCAUUCGAGAGGGAAUAGAAAUAAUUGUUUCUGGAGGAAUGACCAUGCCUCAGGUGAUUACAUCACUGGGACCUGCACCUCAUAAGAACCAGGGCACCCGUUUAAGCAGAAUGACGACUGCAUGAGGCUUACAAUAUCAUCAGUAUAUCAGGUAUAAUCUGCAGCUGCGAUUUGUACCUGGAAAACUUUCACAGCUUUCUGGCCCAGUGGGCUGCAACUGAAAUUCAGUACUACCGAGUUUCAUGUAGUUCUUACGAAUAUGCACUCAUAUUGGCAUUUAGCCUUUGUAGAUGUUUACAAUUGCUAAAGGAAAGAAGUUGUGGAUGAUGUUGCAUCUGAUGUACAACUCGUAGAUUAGAAGCUGGAACACAAAGAUGACAAAGCAACACCGGCUGUAGAUUAGGCUUCAGUAAUCAAAAAGGGGUGUCGAUGAGACUAUUGAAAAUGGUUGUGGCUUGUGUGUGCUAACUAGUGAUUACUUACUAGUGCUGGAUAAUUACAUUGUAACUUCAACUGAGGCCGCUUAACUUUUAACUUUUGAUGCUAUGCCAUUGCUUUGUUGAA